AUGGAAACCCUACUUGGAACGACAAGUUUCUCUUCCGGGUUUCGCCGGAAUUCGUCAACAGCCCCACUGCCGCUUUUUGAAGUCGAGAUUUACACCGUCGGCCGGCGUCACAUAUUCAAGGAUUCCCUUGUUGGCCCCACCAGAUGCCUUGUCAGUAACCUUUUUGGAAACAUAAUCACCCCGGUCCAUACUCACCGUCCAUCGGGAAACUUCGACGGGAUCUUGAAUGUUGCAGCUUCACUUGGUGCGGAUUCGGGUAUGUUUGGUGGAUCUUCAGCCGUUAGUUUUCAUGAAUUGUUGGAUAAAACUAAAACUCAAGUUGAAGCUGAGGAGGGCAACAAGAGUUUGUUUCAGAGAUUGAGGGUGGUUAGAUCGUCGCCCUCAUUGUUUCCCAUGUCAGCGAAAACAACUCCGUUGAAUGAACCAAAGGAAGCCGCGACGAUGGGGACAGUGAAAUCGGAUUCGGCGUUGCCUUCGAUGUUGGAUUAUGAGCCUGAACAGCUAUAA